AUGCAUGGCCUAUAUCAAGCUGCUGGCAGGAUUCUCCUUAUACUGGGGACCCUCAGUGUGUUCUCAGGAGUGAUUGCUUUCUUUCCUGUUUUUUCCUACAAACUUUGGUCUAUAGGUUGGAGUGUCUGGAUCGCUUGUCCCAUCUGGAAUGGAGCUUUGGCCAUCACAGCUGGUAUACUGCUAAUGCUGGCUCACAGAGAGAGGACCAAGAGACACCUGUGGGAAGCUAGUUUCACCUCUGUGAUUUUGAGCAUUAUUGGAUGUCCACUUCAUUUUGCAAUAGCCUUAGAAUCAGCAUUUCUUGGACCAUAUUGCUUCUAUUCUUUCUCAGGGAUUGCAGGAACCAAUUACCUUGGUUAUGCAGUUGACUUUCCCUUCCCAUACACAAAAUUUCCAUCACUUUGUUUGGACCCACCACACUAUGAAGAGUAUCACCUUACACUUCAGACCUUUGAUCUAUUUCUGAGUUUUGUCAUGUUCUGUGCAUCACUGAUGGUGUUUAUCAAGCUUUCUGCAAACAUCUGGAAUGGACACAUAAUUUUGAUGUUAUCAACAGAACCAGCAAAAUUGGAAGACAAGAAUUUGGCAUUCACGGUGCUUUUCGUGAAGAUGAAGAAGGAUAAUGGAAGAACAAUUGUAGGAACAUUUAUUGGGAAGUUGGCAUUUGUCUGUCCCUCAGAAUAUUUGGGCUCACCUACACACAUAGCUGAGAAUUCUGAGGCUGGAUCCAUCAGAGAGGUUCUCACUGCCUUGGACCUCACAGCUUUCUCCUCUCAUGAGGCCUGGUUAAUUGCCUAG